GCGUUCCUUUGCCUAUCAGAGAGGAGGGAGCGGAGAUACCGCGAUACUUGGGGGCAGCCUGGCGCUGAUUCUAAAUCUUGGCAGAGCUUUUUGGAAUCCAGCUUUUGUAGGCUCCCAGAAGCCACCAGACCCCACAUGGAACCAAGUGUGCUCUGUCCAGCUACCGUACCCUCAGUGGAGAGAAAGUUCCACGUUCUUGUGGGUGUCACUGGAAGUGUUGCUGCCCUGAAGUUGCCUCUUCUGGUAUCAAAGCUUUUGGAGAUUCCUGGGCUGGAAGUCGCAGUGGUAACAACAGAGAGAGCCAAACAUUUCUAUAGCCCUGAGGAUGUUCCUGUCACCCUCUACAGUGAUGCCGAUGAAUGGGAGAUGUGGAAGCACCGUUCUGACCCAGUUCUUCACAUUGACCUGCGGAGGUGGGCAGACCUCAUGCUAGUGGCUCCCCUAGAUGCCAACACUCUGGGGAAAGUGGCCAGUGGCAUCUGUGACAACUUGCUUACUUGUGUCAUCCGGGCCUGGGACCGAAGCAAGCCUCUGCUCUUCUGCCCUGCCAUGAAUACUGCCAUGUGGGAGCACCCCCUCACUGCACAGCAGGUGGGCCAGCUCAAGUCCUUUGGCUACAUGGAGAUUCCUUGUGUGUCCAAGAAGUUGGUGUGUGGAGACCAAGGUCCAGGAGCCAUGGCCGAGGUGGAGACCAUUGUGGAUAAAGUGAGAGAAAUGUUCUUCCAGCAUGCCAGCGUCCAGCAGAGUUGAACUGGGAUUUAUGUUGUGGUGUCCUCUGUACCCACCAUGUAUUCAGCCUCAGCUGGUGAAGGACAUCAGCUAAAUAUGAAGGUCCUGGGUUUGCUGAGGAGGGUCUGGCCUGGGCCUGCUCUGAACUUCCCCAGAGUCUGACCUGCUCCAUGUUAAAGUGGACCACAGACCCAGGUUCCACCUGCUUUCUGGACCCCUCCCCAUUUCUUACUAGGAUAGGCCUAGUAAGCUAGGCGAACAUGCUACCAUGCUGUCUCCAUGCUCCUGGGAGGAUGACUGAGUGACUGAGAGACUUCCUGCCAGAAACUGUUUUUAAAAGCACCAUGGCUGAAGCUGGGCAUAGGGUCCCAGGCCUGUGAAUGUGACGACAGCCUGCUUCAAAACAAGAAAUAUGGAGGCUCAAGAUCUUUGGCAUGACAGGUUCCUGGCCAGGCCUUAGGAGCUUCCAUUCUUUGGUGCCCAGGUGCCAUGCAGAGUUGGAAGUCUGUGAGGUGGCAGGGCUUUCCAAUUUCCCAUAGACUGUACCUUGAGGUUGGGGUUGCUGGGAAUUAAGAGAAGUAGACUUUUAGGAGACUCUGUCCUUCUUUUACAUCCUGUUUGUGGUCUCAGCUAUCAGAGACAUUGGCAGUUAAUGAAGCUUGGGAAGGUUCUGGCAACUGACCAGCACACUCACAUCUCCAUACAACAUGGAUGAUUAAGCUCUGAACCCAGACAGCCCCGAGUUCAAAUCUCAGCCCUGCCACUUGUCAGCUGAGAACAUUGGCUUGGAGGACUUUGUCUUUCUUUCUGAUCCUUACUUUUCCCAUCUGUUUGAUCAUCCUUCCCUCAUGGAGUUGUUGAGAGGAUUAAGUGAGAUAAUAUGUGAAAAAUGCAUUUGUCUCCUGUACCCAGUAAAAAUACAUUCCAGGGCUCCCAGCAGAUGGUUAAAACUACAGAGAGUAUAGAACCUUCUAUAUACUAUGUGUUUUUCCAUAAAUACAUGCCUAUAUCAAGUUUUAAUUGAUAAUUAGGUACAGUAAGAGAUUGACAACGGUUUUCAUUUUAUUCUGUAAUAAACUAUUUUCCACACUAAUAAAAUGGAACAAUUAAAGAUGUA